ACUUCUUGAAAAGAUCAAUGCAAAACCACGGCAAGAGAAGAAAGUUCACUCUGCAUCAUCUUUUUCUUCUUCUUCACUCUCCUUAAAUAACCAUGCAAAAGCCUUUUUCUUGUUUCAAACAAACCAAGAGCAUUUUACCGAGUUCACAGCGUAAAUUAUAGCAUAAGAGUGUUGUUGCAUUAUGUGGAGGCACAUCAAUGGAAGAAUAUCCAGAAGAUUUUUAUCCACCAGUGCCCGUGGUUGGUGGAACCAUGUAAGACCAGCCCCAAAGGACCCUAUUGUCACUGUCAACGAGGCUUUUCAAUCAGACCCUUCUCCCCACAAGAUCAAUCUUGGAAUGGGAACUUACAGGGGUGAUGAUGGCAAACCUUUCAUUCCUCAAUCUGUCCGCGAUGCAGAAAUAAAGAUUCAGAGAUGCAAAUCGGAGGAGUCAAACUGUUCCGCAGUCAGAACAAAAUUUGUCGAGGAGUGUGUAAAAUUGGCAUAUGGGAAUGAUUCAUAUGUUGUAAAAGAAGGAUUGUUUGCAGGAGUUCCAACUCUGUCUGGAACUGCAGCAUGUAGGCUUUUUGCUGAAUUUCAAAGACAUUUUUGUCCUGAAUCUCAAAUGUAUCUACCAGACCCUACCUGGUCAAAUCACCACAAUAUAUGGAGACAAGCUGAAAUUCCUGUCAAAACUUUUCACUACUACCAUCCAGACACAAAGGGUUUAAAUUUUUCUGCACUCCUCAGUGAUGUCAAGAAUGCACCAGAUUGUUCUUUCUUCUUGCUUCAUCCUUGUGCCCACAAUCCAACUGGUGUUGACCCUACCGAGGAACAAUGGAGAGAAAUAUCAUACCAGUUUAAGGUAAAAAAUCAUUUCCCCUUCUUUGACAUGGCUUAUCAAGGAUUUUCUAGUGGGGAUCUUGACAAGGAUGCUGUAGCACUUCGAAUUUUCCUUGAAGAUGGGCAUUUAAUAGGAUGUUCUCAAUCAUUUUCAAAGAACAUGGGAUUAUCCGAACAUAAAGUUGGUUGUCUUAGUGUUUUGUGCCAGAGUACAAAGCAAGUAGCUGCACUUAAAAGUCAACUGCAGUUGAUGUCCCAUGCAAUGUAUAGCAGCAUUCCUUUUCAUGGUAUUUCACUAGUUGCUAAGAUAUUAAGCGACCCUGAUGUAGAAGCACUUUGGAGGGAAGAAAUAAAGGUCAUGGCUAAUCGGAUUGAAACAAUGCGAACUACCCUUCGGCAAUAUCUUGAGAAAUUGGAAUCAUCUUUCAACUGGGAGCAUAUAACUUCUCAGGUUGGCAUGUUCUGUUUUUCUGGAUUAACCCCUGAUCAGGUUAAACAGCUGGAGAAACUGUUCCAUAUAUACAUGACUCCUGAUGGAAGAAUAAGUAUGGCAGGUGUGACCACGAGCAAUGUGGCUUAUUUGGCAAAUGCAAUACACCAGGUGACCAGAAUCCAUGAAGAAGCACUAAGCUCAUCUUACGUUUAGAACUAACAGUUCAUCUCUACCUCAUUCUAAUCCUAGGAUAUACACAGACUGCUUAUACUUCUGUAAUUCUCUACAUACCUGGCAUACGCAACAUGCCGAUUUGGUGAAAUACUCAAUUCAACAUUUUUGCACUAUGCGUUGAUUAUUGUAAAAAUGUAAUUUGUAAAAACAGCCACAGAGUGAUGAAUAAAACAGCACAUAUGCCUUGAAGAAAAA